AACUGAAUGCUGCCAAGCAACUUGCAAAUCAAAGCAAGAAGGGAUCAAAGAUGAUUUGUAUUUGCAGCGAUUUUGCGACUUCAAACUGAAGAUUUGCAGCAAUUUCUUGGCUCUUAAGUGAAGAUUCAAGGAAAAAAAUGGACACUGGACAGCAGCCAAAUCUUUAUGCUGUUAGAGAGGAAGAUGAUGGGGAUAAUGAAAAUGUUGAUGAUACAGAGAAGGAUAACAAGGAGGCUUUAUCAUCAUCGUCACCUGAAGAGGAUAUUGUUCUUUAUCCCAUGGCACCAAGGACACAAUCGCAAGCUGAUAAUCAAGUGGAUGUCAAAAUAAGUCCAGCCUAUCAAAUUCUAGAUCAGUUGUUUUCAAGUGGUGAAAUAUCAGGGGAAAAGGCUGCCAGACUAAAAGCAAAAUACCAAGACUUAGUGGAAUUUCUAAAGACAACAAGGGAGACAGAGGCAUCCCUUCUGUAUAAUGCAAAAUCUUUAAUUCAAGAGGUCCAAAGGCAAAGGUUAGAGCUGGAGAAGGGUGAAGCCUUCCCUGACGUAGAAGACAAUGAAGUUAAGAGGUUGAGAAGUGAUUGGUUGAAACACAGCAAUGAAAUAUCAGCUUCAGAAGAUCGUCUUAGUCAACUGAAUUUCAAGCUUGAUGGGUUAAGGGAAGAAAAAAGGCUACUUCUACGGGAAUAUGAUAGAAUGCCUAAAAAAGAAGAAAUUGAUAAGCAGUUACAGGAACUCGAAACAAACAGUGAAGAGCUGAAAAUUGAGAUUGCUCAAAGAAUUCAUGAAGGGAACAAUCUGAAAGAAGAACUAACUUCCAGAGAUCAACAAAUUGAAAGCUUGUCAAAAAAAAUUGAAAAGAAAGAAGCAGAGGAGCAAAACUUGAAGGAUCAACUUCUAAAGAUACAUUCAGAACCGGCCCAUUUAUCAAAGCAAUCAGACUUAAUAACAAGGCAGCAAAGGGAUUUCCAAGAAAAGAAAGACACAAUAAAGGAACAAAUAGAAGAGUUUAAUAAAGAGGUAAAAAAGGUUGCAGAAAGAAAGACACUCCACUUAGAAGAAAAAAGCCAACUCACCAGAGCCUUGGAUGAGCAAAGAAGCAUUUUUGAAGACAAGGAAAGAGAAGUUGACUUCUUAAUGAAGGAAUGCGACUUAGCAAAAGAGAAGCAAGCUGAGCUGUUGGGAGACAGAACCACACUUGAUCUGAAUCUAAAACACAGUCUACUUGAGAAGAAGAAUGAGCAUGAUGUUCAUGCGAGAAAGCAAAGGGAAAAAGAUCGAAAUCUGAAAAUAUUAAAGAAAGGCGAACUGCAGCUAAAAGCAGCCCAAGACAGUUUAGCACACGUCAAAUCGAUUCACGACAAAGUUGCUGGCCAAGUCGAGGCCCUUCCGAAAGAUGACGGCAGUCUUCUUGAGAAGAGAAAGGAGCUUCAGAAGGAAGUUGACAUCGCCAGACGAAACCUUGCUUUAAAGAACGCGGCCACUGCGAGGGAACGUCACAAUGUAGAGGAAGGCAAGCAGAAAGAGGAGCAGCUGCUUGCAGAGCAAGGUCAGUUGCGGGUGGACGUCGUCGAUUUAACGAGGCUUGCUCAGAUCAAAGCCGAUGAGAGGGAGCAAAAAGCACGUGACUACCUCAAAGCCGAGCUUAGAUAUCAAAGAGCGUUGGAGGACCUGAAAACCAAAGAGCUUACAAUCCAAGACAGUGCAAAGAAACACACUGAAGUGCAGCAUAGGCUACAAGAGUUUGCAAAGCUGUAUGACGUCAUAAAGAAUGAAAGGAAUAAAUGUGUGAAUCAGAUUCAGACCAGUACUCAGCAAGCUGCAGAAAUGAGAGAGAAGAUAAAAAUUCUCCAAAAUGAAAUUGAAAUUUUAAGAACAGCUGCUGCUGCAAGAGAGAGACAUCUUCAGAAGGCAAAACUAAAGCAUGGAAGUGCCGUUAUAAUACGUGACAGUCUCCGCAAUGAGGUCAGCAAACAGCAAAUGAAUGCGGAGGAGCUUAAGGAAAAACGGGAACAACAGCGACUUGCUAUAGCAAAAUUGAAUGAUAUGAUAAGCAAAGCGGAGGAGAAUAUGGUGGAACUGCGAAGGCAAUAUGAAGCUGCUGUACAGGAGAGAAAUAGCAGGGGAAUCCACUUAAUUGAAAGAAACGAGGAAGUUUGUGUUUUCUACGAAAAAGUUAACGUUCAAGAGUCAAUGAUUAGAAAUGGAGAAAUGGAACUAAAGAACAGAGAGGAAGAGAUUCGGUUUUUGAAGAUGGAAUCCGCAGAUCUUAGACGGUCAAACAAUUUAAUGAAACGAGCAUUACCGCAGAAAAGAUCUUUGGAUGAUGAACUCGUUACACUGCAGUUACAGCUACUGGAAUGCCAAGAAUAUUUAUUGGACCUUGAGAAGUCUUUGGAGAACCCAAGUCAAAGUGACAGAGUUCGGCUAUUAGGGGGUAAGGAUCCAAGCCAGGACGAGCUUUUGAAGAAAACUGCAGAGUUGGAAAAAAGGCUUGCUGAGAAAGAAGAGCAGAUGCUUGAAAAAGAGCUGAUUUUAGAGGAAGUUACAAGAUUGCUGGACAGAACAAAACACAAGACUGAAACUGGAAAAGAAGAUACGUUAAAAAUCGCAAAGAAGGUCAAUGAGCUGCAGGCCAAAAUCAAGGAUAUGACUCGAAAAAUGAUGGCUAUGGUCUCAGAGUUGUCCAUGAAUCAGGCCAAGGCGAUGAAAUUGCAGCAAGAACUCAAAGGUAAGGAAGCUCAUCUGGAACAGUGUUAUUUGAGAAUGGAACGAGGCGAGCCUCCAAAUGAGGAAAUUGAAAUUGAAUGGCAAAAGAUAUUGCGACAAGAACUCCUGAGGAGGAACGAGAUGGAGCAACGAAAAGCGGCGGAAGAGGAAAUUGAAUUAUACACAAUUCCUGGUGGUAUAACAACAACCGCAGAACCACGCCCGAAUGCAUACAUUCCCGAUGACGAAUCAGAAUUACCCGUGCCCAGGCCGUACGGAGCACACGCACCGUUCAAGCCAACUGAGCCCGGAUCCAAUUUGAGACACAUCAGAAAACCAAUCAUAAAACCUAUCGAGCUUUGAAUCGUAAAGUUUGUAAAUUUCAACAUGUAAAUAAAUCAUAUCAAUGAAUUAAUCAUCCUGGA